AGUUGAGUAACAAGACAUCUAAGCACUUCUGCUCAACUAUGUGGAUCAGUGUCAUUUUGAUGGCAAUAGGUUUAGUUGUGCAAGCCCAGUCUGACUACUUAAUAAGACAAAGAGAUUAUCAGGCUUUUGAUGAGACAAAAUGGACACCUCUUACACUUAAUGUAGUGUUUGAAAAGGUCAGCGUUUUAACCUGCGCUAGCUAUUGUUUAAGCUCAGACGUGCCCUGCUACAGCAUCAUCUUCGAUGAAAAAAGAGAACACUGCACUUUGGGUUCCUGGCUAGUCCCACUGACUGAUGUUUCCAAACAAGUCGAGGGGCAGAUUUUCUCCAGUGGGGAGAUCUGCAACACAACCCAAAACAUUACUCUGUUGUCUAAUGGCUCUCUCUCACAAACUGACUUGUUUGCCUGUACAGGUAAAUUAGAGAAAACUGCUGAAACAACAACAAUGAUAACUGAUUGCGAACAAUUCAUACAAGAUAAAAAACAAUAUAAAGAAUGCUUGUUGCUUAUUGGUUUGACAACUACGGCCACACCAUAGGAACGUAACGAAGAAAUUGUAAGGAUGCACUUUAUUCAGACACAAAAAAGACACGGAUGAAUUCAUUUGGUUUAAAAUCAACACACAUGACGCUAACCUUCUGUAUCGACUUUAGCUAAUAUUUAAAUGUACCAUUGAAAAAAUGGCUGGUUCAAUGUAUAGUGUUUGUUUGAUGGUGUCUGUGUCGUGUAUAGCAUAAUAUUACUCAUUAGGCAUGAAGUAAAGAAACU